AUGUGUUUCAACUCUGUGCACGGCACCGCAGUCCUGCUGACCAAAGACAGGAGCGUGGCCCGGCUUCUGCUGGACUCCUCCAAGCCUGGGAGCGGCAUAGUCUUCAGCGACAGGCCCGUUGUUGUCGAUGAAAAAGUCUCCAUAGAGCUCACCGAGUACUGGUACGAUCGGAAGGGAUCCAGCAAAGGAGACCUGGUUCUCGGAGUGACAACGGUCGACCCGUUCACACUUGAGUCCGCCAAUCUCCCUCCGAACGCCAUACCCCAUCUCACAAACAGGGAAGGCUACUGGGCGAUGCGGAUCAGGAGACAGCGCAUAGUGCCGGGUGAUGUGAUGACGGUGUUUGUCAGCAGUGUAGGGAACCUGAUGUACUCCGUCAAUGAUAAAGACAAGGGAGUUCUCAUCCCCGACCUGCCCACUGAUCAGCCACUGUGGGUGAUGAUGGACAUGGACGGAGGAGUCACUGCUCUAACAUUCGUCCAGAAAGAUGACAAGGAUUCUGACACGUCGUCUUCGCCGGCUGAUGUAGUGGAGGAGGAAAAGCUUGGCGCCACACCAUUCGCGGUGGAUUCUGAUCUGUAUGAUCCAAUGGGAGACGUCCCUCUUCCUGACACACAUGCUCAUCUGCAGCCACAGGAUGAGAAGCCUAAGCCAUCGGAAGCUACAUCUGCACCACCAGAAGAAGAAAAGUCAGACGAUUCUCCUGAGGAGGAAGUGGAUCUAAACAGCAUGACAAAAGAGGAACGCAUGGACUUCAUCAUGAAGAUGCAGGGAGAGGAGUUUUCCCUGGAGGAGAAGACCGGACUCCUUAAGGUGUGUGUUGAUGUGAUCAAAGAGGAUGAGACAAUGGAACAGGCCAAGACGUCUCUCAAGUACCUACUGAACCGGAUGAGUAACCUGUUAAACAACCCUGAUGAUGAGCGGUACAGACAGGUGUACAUCCGAUCCGGCACGUUCUGGGACGCCAUGCGGCCAAGGUCGGCACAGCAGUUCAUGGUGGCCGCGGGAUGGGUGCAGGUCGGAGACAACAUGGUGUUUCCCAACUACUACGAUGCACUGAUAAAGCCUGCUGUGGAUGUGCUGAACGAAUGUCUGAGUACCUUCCCCAUGGAGCCGAUCUCGCUGUACGGAAGGAAAGACCCGGUGGGUGAUGCGGAGCGAGCUCCCGACACUACAGCAGUGGAAGGUAUGACGUUCAAUGAGGUACAUGGUAGCGCCAUCACGCUCUCAGAUGACGGCCGGACGGCCACGCACAGUGACGGCUCAACCGACAUAAGCAGCACCAUUACCUUUAGCGCAAAGCAAAUAAAAGCCAACGAUGAGGUGUUUGUAAAGAUGUCUGAACACACUACACCAGUGUCUGACGGCAUGUUUCACGUCGGCAUUACGACCCUGGAUCCUUCCACAUUGAACCUAGAUGACCUACCAAAGGAAGUCUCUAACCUGAAAAGCUCGGACGGUUUCUGGCUCUGGUCGCUUGACGACAGCCUGACCGGUGAAGGCCGUGUCCUGAAGCUGUCCGUGAGCUGUACAGGAAACCUGACGUACUGUGUGGACAGCAAGCCUCCUGGAGGAUUCAUCAGCAACAUCCCGACAGACCAGCCUCUCUGGGUCAUUCUGGUCCUACAAGGACGGAUGAAGCAGCACCAACGCAUGCAGCGACUGGCGCCCAUGACGAGAAUACUAGUGGAUAUCCAUGGGACACUGAGGAAGAUGACCUCUAUGACAUGGAGCCCAGCAUACCGACAUACAAGGGAGCAAGUUCUAAUGGUGCUCAACCACCGGAGAAAUCUGAGGAAGAGAAAGAGGCGUUCCUCCGGGAAAAAGUCCCGAUCCUUGAAGCAUGUGUUGACGUCAUCAAGGAAGAGGCAUCAGGUGAUAAAGCCAGGAUUGCCCUCUCGUACAUUCGGAUGCAAACAAGGUGAAAAUACAGAAAAUUUUAAACCGACCAAGCAGUGA